AUGAGCAACAACGAGGAUGCCGCCAUCAGCGAUCUCUGCCGCAAGAUUGAGCGCGAGAAGACGCUGAUCGCCGGCUUUAAUUCCAUGCGACAGGCCACAAACAACAGCCAGGUCAACUCGCGUAUCGACUCGCAGGUCCGCGAUGCCCAGAGGAACCUCAAGUACUUUGAGAAGACGCUGCAGGAUCUGCAGUCUCGCAAGCUGGGCGACCACAUGAACAACGUCAGCCUCACCAACGACGCUGGCCCGCCGCCCCCGCCCUCGCACCACGACGACCAAGACCCCGGCAGCUACGGCACCCCCGGCCCUGGCGGUUACAGCCAGGGAGGCGGCAACGGUCUGAUGCCUCCUCGCGCUCCCUACGCCCCGCCCGCCCCCGGCCAAUCCGCUCUCAAGAACAGGCCCAACUACAGCCGCCUGGACCUCAUCAAGGCCGAAACCCCUCAUCUGGGCCCGCGCAUCCAACUCAUGCUGUCACAACUCGAGUUCAAGCUCAGUGUCGAAAAGCAGUACAAGGAUGGUAUCGAGAAGAUGGUCCGCUUGUACCAGCUCGAGGGAGACCGCAAGAGCAGAGCCGAGGCCGAGGGCCGUCGCAUCGAGAGUAGUCAGAAGAUCCACCUUCUCAAGCAGGCUCUCAAGCGCCACGAAGAUUUGCACGUCGCCGACAUCAGUACCGAUAUGCAAGACGACGACAGCUUGAACAUCCCCAGUCAGCGCAAGCCCCUCAGCGGCUACCUGUCCAUCCGCAUCCAGGCCAUUGCCGACGUUGACCACGCCGCGACGGGCCGAUUCUCGCGUGGCCCGGAGACGUUCGUCAUGGUCAAAGUCGAGGACAGUUUCAAGGGCCGCACCAAGGCCACACGAACCGACCGCUGGACCGACGAGCAACACGACUUUGACAUUGACAAGGCCAAUGAAAUCGAGCUGACCGUCUACGACAAGGCGGGUGAACAUCCCAUGCCAAUCGGUAUGCUGUGGGUGCGCAUCUCAGACAUCGCAGAGGAGAUGCGUCGCAAACGUAUCGAGAGCGAGGUUAAGAACUCGGGCUGGAUUUCUGCAGACCACAUGGGCGACUCGGGAGUGAAGCCUGACAUGCAGUUCUCGGCUCCUCCAGGAAGCUCUGGCGCCGGCUCAGCACACGGUAGUCAACAAGGUCCCGCCGGUGGAGCCUCUGGUGGCUUUGGAGGCGGCCCAGCACCCACGACCAACCCUGUUGUAAUCGACGACUGGUUCUCGCUCGAGCCUGUUGGCAAGAUCAAGCUCAACUUGAGCUUCGUCAAACAAACACGCGAACGCAGACCUUUCGACGUAGGACUCGGGCGCAAGGGCGCCGUUCGCCAGCGCAAGGAGGACGCAGUCGAGCAGUACGGUCACAAGUUUGUGCAGCAGACUUUCUACAACGUCAUGCGCUGCUCGCUGUGCGGUGACUUCCUCAAGUACACGGCUGGUAUGCAGUGCUCAGACUGUCGCUUGACAUGUCACAAGAAGUGCUAUCCAAGUGUCGUCACAAAGUGUAUCAGCAAGUCCAAUGCCGAAUCCGACCCCGACGAAGAGAAGAUCAACCACCGCAUUCCUCAUCGCUUCGAGGCCUUCUCCAACAUGGGUGCCAACUGGUGCUGCCACUGUGGCUACAUGCUGCCUCUUGGAAGAAAGCAGGCUCGCAAGUGUACAGAGUGUAGCUCGACCUGCCACAACAACUGCAUCCACUUUGUUCCAGACUUCUGCGGCAUCUCCAACGAGAAGGCCAACGAGAUUCUGGGCGAGAUCCGCAGAGCAACCAAGGGUCGCCAGGGCACCAGCAUGUCGGAGCGCAAGUUGCGCCCUGGCACCGCAAACAGUGUCAGGCCCCCAGCUCAACCUUCGCAGCCUUCAUUCAUGCCUACACCCUCUCAUCAAGACCAGGCUUCGAAUCCUCAAGACAGGCCACUUUCAUACGGCAAAGACCGCAUGUCCGACGCCUACGAUGCUCCCCCUCGCUCCUCGCAGUACGGCGCUCCCGCCACCUCGGUCGAUGCUGCUCGUGCAUCUUUUGCUGCUCCUCCUUCCCCUCAACAGCCCGAAGCUCGCCCGCCGCCCGCUCACCGUCAAUACUCGUCCCAAUCUGCUGCAGCCGCCGCAGCCGCCGCUCUGUCAGGCAAGCGUUCGUCCGCCGCAGAACAACGAAUCCCUCCCUACAACCGCUCCUCGACCGACUACCAGAAACAGCAACAGCAGCAGCAACAACAGCAACAACAGCAGCAGCAGUCGAGCCAAAGAAGCUCCACCGCAUCGAGCAGCGCCGACCAAUACGCCCAGCAGAGAAACUCUCAGCCACAGCCUGCAGGCUACAAUCCAGCAGACUAUGCUGCCGUCAGCGGCUUCCCUGUCCAGCCUCUCCAGCAACCUCCUCAGCAAUCUCAGCCUCCUCGCCAGCAAUACCCCGCUGCAACAAACCAAAGCCCUCCUUCUACUGCCACUCCUGCAUCACCGCCGAGCAAGGCCCCAACAUCUAUGGCUCCUCCUGCAAGAAAGACUCAAGGUGGCAACAUCCGUGUUGGUCUCGAUCAUUUCAACUUCCUUGCUGUGCUCGGUAAGGGUAACUUCGGUAAGGUCAUGCUUGCCGAGACAAAGCAGUCCAAGCAAUUAUAUGCCAUCAAGGUCUUGAAGAAGGAGUUCAUCAUCGAGAACGAUGAAGUCGAGAGCACGAGGUCAGAAAAGCGUGUCUUCCUGAUCGCCAACAAGGAGAGGCAUCCUUUCCUGACCAACCUCCAUGCUUGUUUCCAGACAGAGACCAGAAUCUACUUUGUCAUGGAGUACAUCAGUGGUGGUGAUUUGAUGUUGCACAUUCAGCGUGGCCAGUUCGGCACCAAGCGCGCUCAGUUCUAUGCUGCUGAAGUCUGUUUGGCACUGAAGUACUUCCACGAGAACGGUGUCAUCUAUCGUGAUUUGAAGCUUGACAACAUCCUACUUACUUUGGAUGGUCACAUCAAGAUUGCCGAUUAUGGUCUUUGUAAGGAAGACAUGUGGUACGGAAGCACAACUAGCACAUUCUGCGGUACUCCCGAGUUCAUGGCGCCAGAGAUUCUUCUCGACAAGAAGUACGGCCGUGCUGUAGAUUGGUGGGCCUUUGGUGUUCUCAUCUACCAGAUGCUUCUUCAACAAUCUCCAUUCCGUGGUGAGGAUGAAGAUGAAAUCUAUGAUGCCAUUCUGGCAGACGAGCCUCUCUACCCUAUCCACAUGCCGCGCGAUUCGGUAUCAAUUUUGCAAAAGCUACUCACACGCGAGCCCGAGCUCCGUCUUGGCAGCGGACCAACCGAUGCUCAGGAGAUCAUGAGCCAUCCAUUCUUCAAGAACAUCAACUGGGAAGAUAUCUACCACAAGCGUGUUCCUCCGCCGUUCUUGCCUACCAUCAAGGGCAAGGCUGACACCAGCAACUUCGACUCCGAGUUCACAAGUGUCACUCCUGUGCUCACGCCUGUGCAAUCAGUCUUGACACAAGGCAUGCAAGAAGAGUUCAGAGGAUUCUCAUACACGGCCGACUUUGUAUGA